GCUGUUACUUUUUCUACUGGGUUAUUCCGCCUUAGCCCGCCUGAACUAUCGGUUGUGUUGCGUAAUUCCUUCAAUCCUCGCAAGAAAAUGUUCGCGGAUGUCGCCUGGCCUGCAGCUCGCGCCCGCCAUCCGUUCUUUAGAAACCUGGAACCGAAUGCUCCAGUCCGCGACGCGCGACGGGCACUUCUCCGAAACCCUCCAUGUCUACUCCUGCCUCUUGAACUCCGGACUCCGCGGCGACGCCUUCACCUUCCCCUUCGUAGCCAAAGCCUGCGCCAAACUGCGCUCCGUCCGGGACGGUCAGAAGCUCCACGCUCGGACGAUCUUGAUGGGUUUUCACAGCAACACCUUCGUGCAAACCUCUCUUCUAGACAUGUACUCCAAGUGCUCCUGUAUUUCAGAAGCCCGCCGACUGUUCGAUGCAAUGCCGCACAGAAGCCUGAUCUCGUGGAAUUGCAUGAUCUCGGCGUACUGUAAGGAGUCUCAGAUCGAUGAAUCGUUCAGCCUAUUCAAUGAGAUGCGCGAUGUUGGUGUCAAUCCCAGCGGCAGUACUUGUGUCGGCCUCGUUUCCGGAUGCAUGGGCUCAAUCUUGGCUCUAAGGCAUGGCCUUUCGGUUCACUGUUAUGCCAUGAAAGUUGGGCUCGAUAACGAUCUGCAGUUUUGCAAUUCGAUAAUAAGUAUGUAUGCUAAGCUUGGCCGCAUUGGUGAUGUCCGCUUCUUGUUUGACUCUGCGAAGGAGAAAUCAAUCGUCACGUGGACUGCGUUGGCUGGUGGUUAUGCGCAUGUAGGAGAUUUUACGAAGGUAUUCCAUCUCUUCAACCAGAUGCGUGGUGUUAAUACUGGGCUUGACUCUAUCGCAUUCGUCAGUCUUAUCUCGGCAGGUACCUAUUCUAGAAAUUUAUUGAUCGCCGGAAGUGUCCAUGCCCUUGUGAUCGAAACUGGUUUUGAUCAGGAAGGAGUUGUUGCUGCUUCAUUAAUUAACUUGUACGCAAAGUGUGGCGAUCUUAAAUCGUCUCAGAAAGUUUUUGAUGCGGUGCGAGAGAAGAAUGUGUUCUUAUGGACGUCAAUGAUAAGUGGGUAUGUUCAAGUUGGUGAUUCGGAUAAAGCAGUUGCCAUUUCUCAGAGUUUGUUAACCUCGACCACGAAACCUAACAAAGUGACCAUUUUGGCAAUUCUUUCUGCCUGUGCUGACUUUGCAUCACAAAGUAUAGGAGCAACGGUUGAGGAGUACGUAAGAGCAAAUAGAUUUGAAUCAGAUUUACAGGUUGUUACUGGAUUGAUUCAUGUGUAUUGCAAGUGCGGAGACAUAGAGAGAGCGAGAAAGAUAUUCAAUGGCAUCUCUAAUAAAGACUUGACACUUUGGAGCACCAUGAUAGGCGGGUAUGCUACUUAUGGGAAGGGCAAAGAAGCUCUUUCUCUCUUUAAGGAGAUGCAGAAAGACAAAUCCAUCGAGCCAGAUGCUAUUGUUUUCACUCAUGUCUUAUCAGCGUGCAGCCAUUCCGGAUUGGUGGAGGAAGGAUUGAAUUGUUUCAAUAGAAUGCUAUUGGAUUAUGGUGUUCAGCCAAUUAUGGAGCAUUAUAUGUGCAUAGUUGAUCUCCUCAGCAAAGCAGGUCACAUAGAGCAUUCUUUAAGGUUUAUUCAUCACUUGCCAAUUCAUGUACAAAAUAAGAUGUUGGCUCCUAUGCUUAGCGCAUGCAGAGCUCGUGAUAACAGUCAGUUAGCGGAGCUUGUAUUAAAGCAACUGUUAAAAGCAGAGAUUCGAGACACUGGACAUUAUGUAGUGACAGCUAACUUGUGUAGUUUCGUAGGGAGAUGGAAGGAGGCAUCAAGUUAUAGAAGUUUAAUAAGCCAGGAAGGAUUGGUUAAGGAACCUGGUUGGAGUCGGAUUGAACUAAGCAGCUCCAUAUAGACGUUUUCAUAAACCCUGCAUUUAAUUGAGGAGAUGCAUGGACUUAAGCCUUCUCGACCAAGGCUUACCAACUAAUUGAGCUUGAGGCUUCCUCUGUUGUCGUGAAAGAGAUGACAAAGUGAAAGGUUGCAAAAAGAGGGCCAUGAAACCUUGUGAUCCAACUGUGAAACUAGAAGCUGUCUGUAAGAAGCUAAUUUGUUUGCCAAAAGGAAGAGAACUCAGGGAGCUGCUAAGAUCACGUUCAGUAUCAUCUGAGUUUUCCAGGAAAAUAGAAAGAGACAGCUGGGCAGAAAAGAAAGAAAUAUCUGAGGCGAUAUCUGAGGAUGUAAUAUUAUUAGUAUUCAAUACCUAGUCUUUUGUCAACCUUCAGGCCGGUAAAAAUAGCUUGCAUCAAAUACAUGUGUAUUGGUCUUCUAUUUACUCUUUUUACUGUGUAUGCUGUAAUGUGUAUAUAUAGCUUGCAAUAAAAUUGGCUGGGGGUCAUUUUUCCUCUAGUUUUUGCU